CCCCAGCAGUCUGAGAUAUCCCUGCUGUGGGUGAGUUGGCUCUCUACAGAGCUCCAGUAAAAAUCACUAAAAUAAUAAAAUAAGUACUAAGUGCUAGUAUAUUUUAAUACUUAACAGCUCUAAACGACUAUAUAAUGAAUGUGCAUGUGUUAGUUACAUGGAUUAAGUCAUUUUUGUGUGCCAAUUAGCUAGCUAAUUAAGCUAGCUGAUUUAGCUAACAGGCCACAUGUCUCUGUUGCUAACAAUAGCUAACUCUGUUUAGGCUGGCUAAGCUGACCAGAAACUGAUCUGAUGUGUUAUGUGAAUGCUGAACUCGUUGCAGAAUAAAAAUACCCAUCAUCCAAACCAUGUGGUGUCCAUCCUUGGGGCGGGACGGAAUAUGAGAGGUCACAUUGGUGCCGUGACUCCGUCGUCGAUGGUCUUCAACACAAAGGUCGGCUGGUGCUGCAAGCUCAUCCUUGAAGAUCUUCAUGCCGAACCGGGACGUGUUCCGUUGCCCUCUGUCUGUGUGGAGCCAGGUGCACAGUGUUGAGAACUGUUACAACCAGUCCUUUCAUGAUUAGUGAUUCAGAGUGUAGAAUUCAGAGCCUAAUCUUUAUUUUCUUUAUCUUACUCUGGGAAUUCAUUUUACUUUACUUGUUUGUAGUGUAAUGAUGAGUUUUGCUCAGGAAAAUAUGCACACUCCCAUAAGCACAAGUGUGGGGAGAGGUAGAGGUGUUUUGGGGAUCCCUAUGAUGCUACAGUUUGAAAGUCCUGUUCAGGGUGGUGGCACAGAUGUGGGAGGUGGUCAGGUACCAGUUGGGCUUCCUUUAGUCAGUGAGAACAGGAACCCUCCUCAGCACUUUAACACUGCAGCUGCACCUAGCCCUCAGGUCGAUAGCAGUCCUUCUCUAAACCCUCUCGUACAGUCUAGCGAUCUGGUCAGUCAAAUGAGUGAUGUGAUUAAGCGUAUUGGUCAAGAACUCGCAGGCAGCAUUAUUACUCACCUUAGCCCACCACAUGCUGGUCACAUUGCUUCCCAUAGCACACCCAAUGUCAGUCAUACACAGAGUCUUGACAACUCACAAGUCCAACUUGUAUCCCACAGAAAAGUGAAAGACCCACCUAACUUCAAGGGGGAUAGCUCAGAUUCUGUAACAGUGCGUGAGUGGGAAGAUCUUAUGAGGAACUACAUAAAAAAAGUGGACAUUGCAAAAGAGCAACAAGCUGAAGAGAUACUCAUACGUCUCAGGGGUAGAGCAAAGGACAUUGUCAAGUUUGGAACAAGAAACAGUGGCAUCGAUAUAAUAAAGAAUCCAGAGUCCAUUUACAGUCUUUUGCGCAAGCACUUUGAUUCUGUCCCAUGCUCUCCACUUCCACUGGCAGACUUUUACUCCACGCUGCCCAAGGCUGACGAAGAUGCGUAUGAUUACUGGCUCAGGCUCAACCAGGCAGUUGACAUAGCUGUCGACCGACUGAAGGAACAGGGUAAGUCUUUUGACUGCCCCACUGCUGAGGUGACGCGAAUGUUCAUUAGAAACUGUCCCUCUAAAGAACUUGCUGUGACAUUUAGAUCAAAGACAAUUGACAAGUGGUCUGCUGAAGAAGUUCAAGAUGUUCUAGAUGAGUACCAUUCUGAGAUGAGUUUGAGAACAAAGGUAGCCAAAACACCUAAUGAAAGAGUGUCUAUGAACAAAGUGGAACUUUCUCAAGCAGUGAUGUCACCAGUAGAGACCCAAGACUGCCAGCCACCUAAGAACGCAGAAUCCACUGCUCUUGAACGUGUCAUUGGCAUGUUAGAAAAGAUUCUGUUGGAGAAGUCAGCUCCAGCGCAGACCAACCCAAGCUACAGAGGUAAACCACGACUGCCCAGAAUUGGUGGCUUAAACAGCAUGCCAUGCACAGUCUGUGGCGAUGCUUCACAUUCUGGCCUCACUCACUGUCGAAACCAUAAAUUGUGCUUUCAGUGUUACUCACCUGCUCACUCACGGAGCUCCUGUCCAGAGAAGAGAAAGCCUGCUCCUUCUCAGCCAUUGGAAAACUAGUGGAUCUGCAUCUAGGGGAGGACGGUGCAGAUCCUAAUUCUGACCCUCCCAGUAGCACUUCAGAUGAUUUUCAGUCAGUGUACAAGUCAUUUGCAUCUGAUGCACCUUCAGAUAAAACAGUUAUACUUCAAAAUCUGCACAAGAUUCAGAAAUCAGACAGCUUGUUCUAUACUACAGUUACUACAGCAGGAGGAGUUGUGUUAAAAGCCAUGAUUGAUAGUGGCUCCAUGGCAUGCACAUUGAGUGAGUCUGCUGAGUCAAGCCUUCUGCAGCAAAAUCCUGAUAUGGUGAAAUACUCUGCUGAUGACAUCAUAAUAUUCGGAUGUGGUGGACAAAGUGUCACUCCAAAAGCUCUUUAUAAUGUGGAAAUGACUGUGUAUGAUUGCAGGAUGCUCAUCCCAGUGCUUGUGGUCCCUGGUCAGACUGAUGACGUGAUACUGGGCAGCAAUGCCAUUAAAGCACUCAUACAGUGGAUGCGCAAGACAGAUAGCUACUGGCGGAUAAUGUCAGAGUCCAGUGUUGUCGGGGAUGAUGACUUACACCAAUUCCUUUCUCUCAUUUCUAACACUGAAAGGUGGAGAGGCGAGUCUGUACCUGAAAGAGUUGGUACAUUAAGGCUAAAGCAAUGCAUCUCAUUACAGCCGCGAUGUGAGCAUCUUGUUUGGGGCAAAUUGCCUGAGUCUGCAGCCAUAUCAGUGGGGAGCACUGUUAUUGUUGAGCCAACUCAAUCAAGGUGUAGGCCAAAAAAUGUCUUGGUUGGCAGGGUCAUCACACCAAUGUGGGGAGAUCGAUGGCUGCCUAUGAAACUUAUCAACCCCUCUAGUGAAGUCGUUGUGCUGAAAAGAAAUGCUAAACUUGCAGAUGUGUUUCCAUGCAUUGCUGUAGAGGAUCUUUCUCAACCCGAUAGCAUCCAAUCUUACUCUCAGUGUGUUCUUGACACUCCUCUGACAAGGUCUGGUGAAGAGGUGAAGAUGGUCUUGGAGAAGCUUGGACU